AGAUUUUGGCACCCUUGGUCACGAACACGGCUAUGUGCGCUCUUCCUUGCAGAUUUUCUGCCACUCACUCAUAGAGUCUACACAAAAAUGCGAUAGUCUAAACCCGACGGAUCCACCCAUUUCUACCUUACGUAUAGCGGAUUUAUCUCUGACACACUGCAACAUAGACAAGAUGAAAUAUAGCGGGCUAUAUUUCGUCUCCAACCCCUCCACUACCAUCGACGCCUCUCUCGCUAUCGUCAACACCCUCAUCCAAGGCAUCGAGACCAGCUUCCAAAGCACCACACGACAGCAAACACCAUGGUCGCUAUCAUACCGCGCAUUUCGCGAUACCAUACCUCCGGGUUACCAGGCACCUGCGGGUGCAGACGGUAAACCAGAGCCAUACGCACAUUCAUACCAGCACCUCCUCCACCUUUCGAGCCUCUCGCCGAACCGCACAUAUGUCUUUGCACAACCGCUAGCGCAACAAGAGACUAUGACGUCGAUACCGUUGCGACAACAAGACGCACAUGCCUCAGUACUGCGAUAUCAGUGUUCCGCUCUGUGGACGCCGAGACACAUACUCGCUGUGCGAGAGGGGGCAUCGUAUAGCGGGGGCCUCUGUUCAAUACAAAUCGGCGAGCUACGAGCGACUCGUGAAGGACCGCAGUCAGGCGCUAUCUCAUCACCCGGCGUCGUGGUCUGCAUUAGCACAACGUUGGGCGCUGAGGACACGGAUGGCAACAUGAACUCAGGCUAUGGCACAAUGGAGAAUGGUACAGCGAUGGAAGUCGAUGAAGAGGAAGUCGACAUUGAGUAUGCGCAGGCGGUGGUGCGCGACUGCUGGAGUAGGAUCAAAGAUGGGCGCGAUCUGGGUCGGUCAGAGAUCAGGGAAGUGAUGAUGGCUUCAAAUACAACGAGCAAGAAGGGCCAGGAGCAGGAGGCAACGGUGCGCAUGUGGUGCGAUGCUCUGCGCAUGCGUGGUUGAGCGAAUGUUUGCAUGACAUCAUUUAUCAUCAGAUACCCAAUGUGAGAGCUUGAGAUGGAUACGUGGCAACAGGUGUGACGCGACACGCACUAAUAUAGCGUAGCAUGCAAGCGGAUCAUGAUAGUUUUACAGUUUGAUUGACUAUAUGCCAGGCCUACC